UUCGGUUAGCUUGGCUGUGGUUGGUUGGCUUUAGUUGAAUUGUUUAAAUUUUUGUUCGUUUUUUUUUUUUUUGUAAAUAUUUUUUCAAAAACUAAAUAAAUAAAAGAAAUUUAAAAAAUGAAUAAAGAAAAAGUGUUAAACAUAUAUUCUCCAGAAGUUGUUGCAAGUUAAAGAGUGUUAAGUUUGAGAAGAACAGAUUUGUUUUAUUUUUUAAAAACAGAUUUGAGCAACAACAUCACGAAACAUAACUCAACUAACCAGAACUCUUAACAGCAGCAAGAAAGUCUAAAACCUUAAAGGAUUCCAUAUUCCCAUUUCAAUAUCCCUUUUGUACCACAAAAACAACUAACAACAAUUAAAACUUUCUUUAAACGUUAACAAAAAACGCCACGCCACUCUAUGUAGGCAAUAAAUGGCCACUUUAGCUACUGAAAUGCCGCCGUUACAUACGGCGGAAGCCCUGGCCGGGGUGUCAACGCCGGCCUCCUCUCAAACUGCCACAGCAACAGCAGGAGUAGGAGCAACGGGGCCUUCAACAGCUGCCUCCAAUACAGGCAUAGAUUCUACUCAAACUUCCUCAACAGAAGGGGAGAAUUCUCAUAAUAUAGUGUCCUCCAAUACAACGCAAACGAAUAGCAAUAAUACCAUUUCAGCGGCGGCUGAUUCUUCAGAUAAUCAACCGGGCACACCGCAACCUCAUUUAAAUUCUUCAGCCGAGCAACAACAACAAUCUAGCAGUGCUCAUCAUCCUUAUGCUAAUCAUCAUAUGUAUGCUAAUAAUCCACAUCCUGCAACUUCCAGUGCCCCCAAUAGCCAUCUGAAUCAAAUGUAUAAUCAUCAUAUUUAUGCACAAUCCAAUAUGGACUUACAGCAACAACAACAGCAGCAUCAACAGCAGCAACAACAACAACAGCAAUUGCAGCAACCUUUGACUCCUACUCAUCAAAGCGGCUAUCCCUCCUAUCUUAAUUCCUAUGAGCAGUUCUAUCAGCAGCAGCAACAACAACAACAGCAGCAACAAUCUACCCAAAAUCCCUCACAAUCCUCUAGCCAAACUUCUAAUCCUCAGCAAAUGGAUUACAUAAAUUCCAACUCUAACUCCAUGUAUUCAGCUUCGGAAUAUAAACAACAAUCGGGUGUACGUUAUCAUCCCUAUUUGCAUACCCCCACCUCGGGCAUACCCUCGGUUAAUUCCCAAAAUUCCAAUUCAAAUAAUGCGCUGGACGCUAAUGUACAAACAGCGCCGGUAGUUUCCAGUGCUUCUUCUUCGGUCAUGAGUCCGCGUGUGGUUAGCUCUACUAGUCCUUCCUCUUCCAGCCAACAAAUGCAUAUAAGUGGUAGUGCCAGUAGUAUAGGCAGCUUGAGUGCUGGUAAUCCCAGUUCACCCAAUUCGGCCGGUGGUACUCCUCAGUGCAAAAAAUGCGGCAUAAUGUGUACCAAUGAAACGGAACUACAGGAACAUAUAGCUAAUGUUCAUGGUGCUUCUCCUUACGGUAGCAGUGGUUAUGCCAGUUCUCCCUAUAUCAAAGAGGAAAUGCAACAGCAGACGCCUCCCUCACAAACCCAGCAACAACAACCACCAGCCGCCGGGCAACAACCCGCCUCUACACAGGGUGGAAAUCCCGGGGAAAUUUUAGAUUUGGAUUCUCAGAAAAUGUUAUAUCCUCCUGUGCCGGGUUCCAUACCCCACAUGAUGCAGCAUCAACCUUUGGCCAAUACCGAUCCUUUACAUGGUUUACACAGCAUGCAGCAAAGAGCCGGUCUAAACUCUUGGGAUCAACAGUCUCAGGAGGGUUUGCCACCCUACUUGCAGCAGCAACAACCUCCUCAAACCAACACAGAAUCCAAAAAUCUUCCUCAACACUCACCCUACUAUCAGCAAUCUCCCAAACAGUCGCCCUAUCAUGUUUCCAAUAGUUCGAAUACCAUGAAAACGGAAUAUCAUCCUUUAAUUAAAAAUGAAUAUUCUUCAGAUUCUCAACAAUAUCUAUCGGAUAAAUCAUUUGAUCCUACACAACCUCAGCAACAGCAGCAACAACAAAUGAUGCCACCGGCGGUAUCCUCCAGUCCGGCAGAGUUUCCCUCUACCACCACAGGAGGACCUCAGGAUAAUAGCCAGCAAAUGGUCAACAAUUCACAACAGUUUAGGGCUGGCAACUUUGAGCCUCCCUCUUCAAGUUCGACCACCAUAAGUACAGGUCCGUUAAGUGGCAAGGCCGCCAACUGGAAGUCCAAUGAGGCCAGAAGACCUAAAACCUAUAAUUGCACCGCCUGCAAUAAAUGGUUUACCAGUUCGGGUCAUUUGAAAAGGCAUUACAACACUACUUUGCAUAAAAAUGCCGUCAAAUCUAGUGGACAACCCGAUCCAGCUACAUUACCCAUAUCGGCUCAUCAUCAUCCAGCCAGAGAUCCCUCGGGUAAAAGCAGCCGUAGAGCCGCCGCAGCAGCAGCUGCUGCCCAAGCCGCCAAUAGUCAACAACAGCAGCAGCCGCCAAAUCCAGUGCAACCGCCGGAACCGCCUAAUAGUCCGCAGGAUUAUGGCGGGUCCCAGGUGGCAGCUGGUGGCUUAACGCCUUUGUCUCACUAUGCUGCCACUCCCUCGCCCAAUAGCAUGUAUGGGCAGCAGCAGCAAUAUCAACAUAAUCAGUACAUGCCCCAGGUACAAUCCACGACAAACGCUUCACCACAGCAUGCUUCACCGAUGGCCAGCGGUCAUCAUUUACAACAGCAACAACACAUGAAUCAACAACAACAACAAACCGUAAUGAACGGUCACCCAAACGCGUUAGCAGGCCCCUCCGUCCCAACCACUCAACAAACGCCAAUGCCGUCCUCCCAAAUGAGGGGCCUGCUGAACAACACAUCAUCCACCACAACAACAAUGCAUAUAAUAAAGAACGAACACUUGGAGGCGGCAACCUUGGAGGAGGAACAACAGCAGCAGCAACAGGAGCAGUUGCAGGAGGAGGAGGAUCCGGAGGAAGCGGAACGCUACAUAACGGACCCGGAAGAGGAGGUGGAAGAGUUGGGCUACCUCACGAGAGUUCCGGUGAAGGAGGAAGUAUUAACGGAGACGGAACAGCAGCAGCACAACAACAUGUACUCGCCAAAGGCCGACAUGGAGGAAUUGGCGGAGGAGCAGCCAUUGGCAGCGCCAGUUCACAGGGAAGUGGAUCCCAAUGUGGCACCCCACCACAAUCAAUUAGCUCCCUAUCAUCUGGAGCAGCAACAGCAGCAGCCACAGCAGGCGGACAUGGACAUGGAGCGUCUCUAUCACAACACCACGCCCAGCAGCACUCACAGCAGCAGCAACAACAUGCCAGUCCACUCGCCCCUUAUUAUCUCCCACCAACAAUACCAGGAGCAACUGCAGCAGCUGCCACCACACCAAAUGGUGGCUCAGGACACUUAUACCCUCACGCAAACCCCUCCGCCGCCGCUGCAGCAGCAGCAGCUGCCGCCUCAUCACAGUAUAAUGGAUCAACAGCCUUACAUCAACAUGCCUUUGGCUAUCAACACGCAGCAGCCGCCCAACAGUAUGCUGCUGCAGCAGCAGCCGGAUACUACCAUCCCCAUGCCCAACACCAUCCCCACCACGCCCACCACUAUGGUCAAUAUGCUGGCGCCCAGCCACCACCACAUGCCGCUGCCGCCGCAGCAGCAUACGGAGCUGCAGCCGCUAGUCAAUAUGCAGCAGCAGCCGCUGGACACCAACAAUACCAAUACCCAGCACAUGCUGCCGUCGCACAUCACCACCAGCAACAUCACCAACAUGGCAUCGUACCACCAACUGCAGCAGCCGGGCUCGGUACUGCCACCGCUGGACCACACGCUGACCUAUCCUCACACUAUUAUUGGUAAUAGUUUAAGCAAUGCGGAUGUCUUGACACUCGAUGCCUAUGGCAAUUUGGUGACGGCUAAUGGUCAACAGGUUAUACAAACUAGUGAUGGUCAAUUGUUGCAAUUGAUUUCAUCGGGCCCAUCGGGAGCCACAACUUUGUAUUCUACACAGUCGUACAAUCCCUAUAUGGCACAGAGAUCACCUCAGGAAGGUGAUUUACCACCCAUGACACAACAUUAUCAACAGGAGCCAACAACCACUACCUUAACUGUCUUGCCACCCUCUAUGAGUUAUUCACCCUCGAAUGGUAACUCCAAUUGCUCGGAACAGGAAUAUAAACCCUCACUAACGGAGGAUUAUAUCAACAAUAACUUCCAGGAGGAACAGCAGCAGCCACAACAACAACCGUUAGAGAAUAGAGCCAGUCCAAAGGAAACAACUACCUCAAGCACUACCACCACCACCACCACUACUACUACUACCUCCAAUAAACGCAAACGUAAUCCCAGCACUUCCAGUUCUAUAGGAGCCAAUAGCACCAUGCUACCCAGUGGCCGUAUCAAGUGUCUGCCCUGCGAUAAGGAAUUCACCAAAAUCUGCUAUCUCACCCAGCACAAUAAAAGUUUUCAUUCCGGUGAGUAUCCUUUCCGUUGUCAAAAAUGCGGCAAACGCUAUCAAUCCGAAGAUGUUUAUAUCACCCAUUUGGGCAAGCAUAAAACCACCGAUAAGGCUCACAAAUGUGACAUUUGUCCCAAACAAUUUCAUCAUAAAACCGAUCUACGGCGUCAUAUAGAAGCCAUACAUACGGGUAAUAAACAGCAUUCUUGUGAUAUUUGCGAAAAGAGUUUCUGUCGCAAAGAUCAUUUGCGCAAACAUUUGGAAACACACAAUCGUCCCCGUUUGGUGGCCAAAAAGACCAAUAGUAGAGCUAAUAACAGUAUAACCGCUGCCUUUGCUAAGGUUAAUAAAAAAUCCAAAGAUCCAAACACCACCCAAAUACCUCUUAGUAGUCCUAGUCCUUUAGCGAAUGCAGGGAAUCAAACUAUUAAUUCAUUGCCCUCGAUGGCAGCCCAAAUUAAUGAGACAAAUUCCUUAAGUUCUGCCACCACUUCUACUCCCUCCCCCUUGACUCAUCACAUCGAUGAUGUGGCUGUCGAUGAUGAGGAUUUAUUAGAUGAUGAAUUAGAUGAGUAUGAUAAUCAGGAAUUGGAGGAUAAUGAAGAGUACUUAACUAUGGCCGAGUAUGAACAGCAGAUCCAACAAAUGCAAAGUGUUCAAGGGCAAUAUUUAAUGGGAAAUAAACAGGUUUAUCAAAUGGUUGAACAGGAGUUACCCAUGUAUUAGAGAGAGAUUUUUAGAAAAAGAAGAGAGGGAUUUUGAAAGAGCUUUAGAGGGUAGAGAGCAGAGAAAGUUUUGUUUAAAAGAGAAAGAGAUUUGUUUGAGUUUGUUGAGAAGAAAGAGAAAAUGUUGUUAAACUGACAAUUUUUUUCUAAACAAAAAUGUUUGGGACUGCGAAAGUGGCCCAAUUAGGGGCCGUUAUUUGAAAAGGAAACGUUUUAAAGGAAACUGAUUUUUGGUUUAAAUUGAGAAAAGCUGUGAAAACUUUCUCUUUAAAAAAGAGAUUUAGAAGAACGAAAAGACCCUACUUCUAAGCAGAAAAUAGAGCUUUUCUUGACUUAAGAGAAAAACGAAAGAAAAGAGUGGAAAAGCUGCUCAUUCGUGAAAGUUUUUGCAAAGAGAUGCGAAAGAGCUAAAGUUUAAACUUCUAAGCAAAACGAGAGCUUCUCUUUAUAGGAAAACUAUAGGAACAGAGGAAGAGACACUGCUCAUUUUUAAUGAUAAACUUUUAAGGAAAACUUUUACAUUCGAAAAGCUCUCUUUGUUAAGAAAGAGUUACAAAAAUGAAGAUUCAUCAGGAUUAAGAGAAUUGACAGAGUUCUUUGUUAAGUGUUAUAAAAUGAGAGAAAUUAGCAGAUUUCUCUAAACAGCUUUAGAAUCUUUAUUUUAACUCCCAGAAAGCUUUAGAAGAUCCAGCAUCAAAAAAGAGAGCUUUUGUAGAUUUCUUUAAACAAAAUUAGAACGUGUGGCAUUAAGUGUAUUCUUUAUCGGUUUUACAUGGUUUAAAGAGAAUAAAAAGCUUUAGGAGAUCAGAAAAUAAAGCUUAAAGAAAGCUUUUACUCAUUUAAUUAGAAAACAAAGAAGAAAGAAGAGAAAUUUGUUGUUAAACAUAAAGUCUAAAAGCUAAAAGUUACAAAAUCUUGCAAAUGUUUGAGAUAGCUUAAAAGAGAUUGUAAACCACGCAGAGAACAAACGCUUAAGCAUACAGAGAGUAUUGAGAGAUGUUUAAUUCUUCUAUUUAAAACUGCUUUAUUGUAUAAAAAAAAUAAACUUGAAAAUUUGACAAGUUUUAAAUAGAAAAAUUAAACAUUUUUAAACGAAAAAGUUUGGAAAGAAGAAAACAAAUUUUUUUAAAAUUGAAAGAAAUU